GUGGUUCCGCCUCACCUGCUUGUAUGAAGUUAGCACUGAUUGACACCUCUAAGCUGGUUUCAGGAGAAGUAUCGUUCACACUCAGUCAUAUACUCAUAUUGCACCGCUUCCCGAGCGACAGACACUAAAAUACGAGUAAAAGGCGCAGAACGCUUACACCAUAUACACCAAUUUGUUACAUUAAAUCUCGUUUAGCUAUCUUCGCAGUCGUCAUUAGGGCAGCCCGGCGCUAUCUUUUGUAUCUUGCCCCAUGAGCAAGAAAAAGCAACCAGUUAAAGCCAAUGGAAAGCAGCAGCGGGCACGCCCAAGCGGUGGCGGCGCCGGCGCACCCAAGCAUGGACUAAAGAAGAAGCAGAAGCAGAAUACCAAAAAUGCAGGCGGCGGCGCUGCGCUGCAGGAUGUCCCCCUAGUUGACAGGGCGGGAGACAGCGACGCUUCCGACCUGGACAUCAGCGACGAGGAUUUGGAGUUCGUCCAGCAACACCGUCGUCGCCUGGGGUUCCUGGAAAAGCUCGAUCAGUCGGAGCUUGACAGGUCCAUCCGCGAGAAGCAGGAGCGGCAGGCCAAGCAGGCCGCGGACGAGCGAGCCAAAUCCCGCGAGGAGGCAGCAGCUGGCGACAGCGAGGAUGAGGAAAGCGAUGAGGAUGCCGGCGCGGCGGGCGGAGCUCAUGAGGAGGGCUCAGAUGAGGAGGCAGAGGCCUACGAGCGGGCGCCCCGCCGGGCCAAAACCGACCCACGGGACGGCAAGUCUGCCGGCGCGGGACUGCCCAUUAAAACCCUAACCGGCGAUGUUGUGUACGACAAGUCAGCAGGCGACGCGGACCAGGAAGCGGCAAAGUCGCGUAAGCAGCGGAUGGCGGCCGGGGGAGAGGCAGGCGGCAAGCAGCAGCAGGUGGAGGAGAAAAUGGAGGCGGCUCUGGCGGUGGCUGCGGGGAUUCAGGUGGAGGGUGUGACCAUCACGGAUGACAUGGAGACGGCGCUGGCGGAGACCAAGCGGCGGGCGGCGGAGGAGGCGGAGAGGCGGGCGAAGGAGGAGAAGAAGCGCGCGGCGGCGGCUGCGAAGAAGGCGGAGGAGGCCCUGCUGCCCCCCGCCCUGCGCGGUCUGGACCUCUCCUCGCUGCCGCCCGCCGCCCGGCGCGCCAAGCUGCAGGAGGUGAUGGCGGCGGCGGCGCAGAAGCUGCUGGCGGCACCUGACGGCAGCGUGGGGGAGCUGCGGACGCUGCAGGCGCUGGUGGCGGAUGAGGACAGCAUGGUGUCCCGCCUGGCGCUGCUGUCGCUGCUGGCGGUGUUCAAGGACAUCCUGCCCGGAUACCGCAUCAGGCCGCCCACGGAGAAGGAGCUGGAGGUCAAGGUCAGCAAGGAGGUGGCCAAGCUGAGGGAGUACGAGCAGGCGCUGCUCAAGGCAUACCAGACCUACCUCCGCUCGCUGCUGGACGCCGCGCAGUGCGUCACGCGGGGCAGCGGCACCCUCUCUCACGCCCGGGUGGCGGUGCGCUGCCUCGCGGGGCUGCUCACCGCCGCUCCGCACUUCAACUACACAUCAGACAUCCUGCAGGCUGUCGUACCCCGCAUGGCGCAUGCGGACGGCGAGAUCCGCUCGCUGGCCUGCGGUGCGGUGCGGGCGCUGCUGGCGGGAGGCGACCAGACGGGGGAUGAGGCGGGGGCGGGCAGGGCGGCGCUGGAGGCGGUGCAGCUGGUGGCGGACCUGGUCCGGCGGCGCAAGUGUCAGGUGCCUGCGGAGGUGGUUCGCAGUUUGGCGGUGCUGCGGUUCCGGGACGUGACGCGGCCGGGGGCGGAGGAGGAGGAGCAGGGGGAGGACCGCAAGAAGAGCAAGGGCAAGAAGGCUGAGCGGCGCGAGGCCAAGAAGCGCCGGCGCGAGGACGACGUGAGCCGUGCCUUCAAGGAGUCCGCUGCGGGCCCAGACAAGGCGGAGAUGGCGAGGAUGCAGAGCUCCAUGCUGGAGGCGCUCUUCGAGAUCUACUUCCGAGUCCUCAAGCACGCAGCCGCCAUCGGCCUCGCUGCCAACAACAACAACAACGCCAACAGCAGCGCAGCAGGAGGCGGUGCGGAGGAGGGGCCCUCCUCCUCGGCCUACUGCGGUUUCGGAGGUCUGCCCCCACUGGGGGGCUCCAGCAGUGAGGGAGCGGCAGGGGCAGGGGGGUUGCGAGUGGCGAGCUGCUCCGCUGCCCCCGCCUGGUCGCGGUCUCGGCUGCUGAAGCGCUGUCCGCUGCUGCACCCCGUGCUGGAGGGACUAGCCAGGUACACCCACCUCAUCUCCGUGGAGUACCUGACCGACCUGCUGGCCCUCUUCAACUCGCUGCUGGCCGGCCCCGCACUGCCCCUCCCGGAGCGCCUGCGACUGCUGGCCACCGCUGCGGCGCUGCUGCGGGGGCAGGGCGAGGCGCUCAAUGUGGACCGAAGGGAGCUGUACGUGCACCUGUACGACAUGCUGCUGCAGGUGCCCCUGCACUCCCUCCUCGGCGACGACGACGCCUCUAGGCCGGCUAACGGCGCAUCUGCUGCUGCGGAGGGGGAGGACAAAGACGACGAGGAUGAUGCCGAGGAGGAAGACAUGGCCCUGGCGGCCGCAUGCGCUGCGGCGGCUGCGGAAGCAGCGGCCGCAGCCGCUGCAGAGCCGCCCUCCACCUUCCGUUCUGACACCAGCCACAACCCCAGCAACCCCAGCAGCAGCAGCAGCUCCCGCGGCCCCACCUGCGUUGCGGUGCUGCUGGCGGGGGUGCUGGAGGCGCUGCUGUGCGAGCCCAAGAUGGCCGACAUGCAGCGGGGAGCGGCGUUCGUGAAGCGGCUGGCGGGGGCGGCGCUGGCGGCGGGGCCGGGGGAGGCGAUGGCGCUGUGGGCGGUGAUUGCGAGGCUGCUCCGGCGCUACCCCAAACUGGCCGGACUGCUGGACUACGAGGGGGAGGCGCCCACCGUGGGGGGCCGCACCUACGACGCCUCCUGCGCCGACCCCUCCGAGUCAGGCGCCCUUGCAACCACCCUAUGGGAGGUCUGCCUGGCUGCCGGCCCCCAGCACCCGCACUACCACCCGCACCUGGCGCAGGCGGCGGCGUCCAUCAUGGCGCUCAGGCCGGGUGCCGGCGCUGGCGGAGGCGGCGGAGGCAGUGCCGUACAGCUGGCGGGGCCGCUGGGCACGCCGGCGACGAUAUCGGAGUUGGCGGAGGCGUACGACGCGUCGCGGGGCCUGCUGCGGCCGCCGCCGCCGCCGCCAGCGGCGGCGGCAGGUGGCGGGAAGAAGGGCGGCGGCGGUCGGCGACGCGGCGGGUUGGCGGCGGCGGUGGCGGCGGGGCCGUCGGUGGAGUUCUUGUCGGAGGUACGGCAGCUGGUGGAGGAGGAGUACGGGAUGUUGGGGGCGGAGGAGGAGGAGGAUGAUGAGGAAGUCGAUGCCGCUGCCGCCUUGGUUGGCUUGGAGGAGGUUCUGGAUAGCGACGAGGAUGUUGGGGUUGUUGACGAUGAAGACAUGUCUGACGCUGACGUUGAUGGAGAGGAUAGUGACGGCACGGGUCGGAAACGCCGGCGAGGCCAGCAUCAGGGUGUUGGCGGCGGCGCUGACGCUGCAACGGCGGCGGCGGCUCGCGGGCUGCGGCGGAUGUUCCUGGAGUCCCGGCGCUUCCACGUGAACCGGCAGCUAAGGCAGGAGAAGGCGCUGAUGGUAGAGCGGUUGAAGCGCUUCCACAUACACCUGCAGCGGCGGCAGGCGGCGGAGGCGGAGGCGGCGGCAGCAGCAGCGGCGAAGGCGAAGGAAGAGGAGGCGGCGAGGGCGAAGGAGGCGGCGAGGGCGAAGGAGGCGGCAGCGGCGAAGGCGAAGGGAAAGGCUGGGAAAGGGCAGAAGGAGGCGGGUCAGGGGAAGGAGGUGAAGGCGCAGGAGCAGGGGCAGGGGCAGCCGAAGCGGCAACCGGGCGGCAAGGGCAAGGGCUCUGCAGGGGGGAAACGAUGAUAGGGAGAUCGUACAUGUUGACAUGAGCAAAGGAAUGAAGGGUCCUGCUGGGUAAGGCUAAGGGAAGGCACGGGAGUGUGUGCGAGAGGGGGAGAGGGUGGAGGGAUGGGCGGACAGGCGGUGGUUGAAGGAGGCUGAUGCGAACGCCCGGCCGUGAUCCCGACUCACCAUGUAAUGUGCGACCGAUAGCAGUCUUGAGGAUUUAGUCCAGCUCCGAGCUAUGGGGCUGUGGCUGGCAAGUGCACGUUAAAAAAAGAGGGGAGACCCUUAGGGAGCGGUGGAGGCUCGAGGGGGGCUGCAUGCUGCAGCACACGCGCAUCCCCCUGUCGUCAACCCGUCAUGCAGGAGUUGUUUCCUGCCGGUCAGGGCAGCCGCAUAGGACCUGGAGACCCCAUGUUUGGUGCCGGAGAGGCACAACGGAACACAACAGCCGCCGAAAUGCAAGGGCUUGCGUGCACCCUUGGACUAUCCAACCACAUGCGGACCCUUGGGUCGGGCUGGCUGCUAAGUGCGCAAAGCAUUCGCGCUUGCAGCAACGAUGCAGAAGAUACCGAGUGAUAUGGUGAAACGCGUUCUCACGGAGGCGGUAGCGCUGCUGGGACCCGCAGCUGGGCGGAACCUUAGAUGACACUGGAAGCGGCUUACGAAGGGCCCAGCAUGUCGCUGCUUAGAAGGCUUGCGGGUGUUGGCAUUGUUUAAGGAGUCCUUUGCACACGAUUUGCUUUUUAUGCAUUGUUUAGCAACAUCCAUAUAUGUAUAUAGGGAUAAUUAAUUCUUGGGGAAGUUAACAGUUGCAGACGUCUGGAAGCAUUUGUCUGGUGCCUAGCAUUAACAUUACAGAAGGCUUAACAAGUAGCCUGUUGCUAAUUUGUGAAAAUGUUAAGGCCAAGCAGCAUUGCCAAGCCUUCUUCGGCGGUGGCCGCUUCAGGCGCAGUGCUGUACAGCGCUGCCCGCUUAUGGCAGCGUCAUUCCUUCAGGGCGACUCAAGCCCGCUGCGCCCCUCGCUCCAACUGGCGUGCGGAGAUAGAGGCGGGGAUCACGGAUGAUGGCCUAACAGCGACAGCUCCUGCCGUUGAAGACGCCGCAACCGCAACCGCUAAUGACACCCAGCCCACUGCGACAGGCUACGCUGCUACCGCCUCCUCGUUUUCACCGCCACCACCGCCACCGCCAGCUGCUGCUGCAGCACCGCCGGUGCAGGAGCAGGAGCAGCAGCCGGCUUCAGCCCUGCUGGGGCGAGCGGAGUCGCUGUCAUUGCCCGCCCUAGACAUAUCUGGCUUCCUGGCGAAUCCAGUCAACCAGUCAACCGCUUUUGCCGUACUCGCGGCGACAAGUGCCGUAUUUGCCACCCUGUGCUUCGUGGAACCUGGUGCGGUGCUGGACCUUGCCUUGCCCCAGGCGGACUACAACUCGGACCUGGACGUCACGUUCGUUCGUAUCGGGGGCGUCACGCUGGCUGCUAGUGUGGCUGUGGAGUGGUCUCUCAAGCACGCCGCCUCCUCCCAGCUCCUCGCCUCCGCCACCUACCAGCGCCUCAUGACGGGUGCUGCCGUACGAUCCGCUGUCGUGCUGGUUGUACUGCUGACGGCGGCGGCGGCGGGGCAGGCGGCGCCAGCGGGGGUGGGGUUGUGGUGGGCGGCGGUGGCGGCCGCGGCGAGCAGCGUGGCUGUGAACCUGGCAGUCAUCUCACACACCUCGGGCAGGGGCCUGGCGCUGCCCCCCCUGGAGCCCGCCCCGCCCUGCAACCCCACCUCCGCCGCCUACCUGGCAGUCGCACUGCUCUACCUCGCCACUGUGGCUGCAUGCCUGGCGCCGGAGGCGCUGUUCACCGGCGACCCGCCCUCCUCCGUCACCCCGCUGCUCAAGGCGCUGUGGAUGCCGGGGUUCACGCUGGCCGCCGUCAUCAGCCUCGUGCUCAAGGACGCAUCAGACCGGGGACGUCUGGGCGCUUCCACCUUCAAGAACCUCAACCUGGGCCUAGCAGCGCUGGAGUACGGCUACUCGGUUGUGUUCUGCAGCGCUAUCCUGUCCGAUCAGGUCAACAUAGGCGACCCCGCGGCGCUGGGCAACCUCGCGGGCUCCCUGCUGGUCGCAACCUUUGCGUUUUACGUGUAUGCCACCGCUAAGAAAUAGAGGCUGGGAAGAGCAAGGAGAAGGGGGAAGGGAGGGAGGUGCCAAGUCAUGGCAGACCAGCAGCGGUAUGUGGUGACAAGCUGAUCUGGAAAGGUCCGCUGUACCGGCAGAUAGGCGGUACCAAACACUUUGCAGCAGUGGUCGAUGUCAACUGGCCUCACGCGUAAAGCCGUCUUACGUGUGGAGCUUUCCAUUUUGUGUACAGUAGGGAUGCGCUCUCCAGUGUGUUGGCAAACUCUCUACGUGGCACAGUAGGUAAGUGGGAUGUGUGUGUGUGUGGUGUGCGCACUAAGAUAGGUUGGCAGGCACUGCUAAGAUAGGUUGGCAGGCACUGCAGCUUGUGGCGGGA